AGAAAAGUGUCAUAUUAUAAAGUAAGUAGCCAAAAAACACAAUGAAGUUAUCCAGAAGGAAAAGGAAAGAGUAGAUUAGGACAAGAAAAUCCAAUUAAAAAAUUGAGGGCAGGAAGGAGCUUCUAGUUCUAUCCAAAGGGCCCCACAAAGUAUGCACUUUUUCGGGGUUCUCUUCUGUAAAAUGAUGAUCCUUACUUCCAUUCCCUUCUUCUCUUCUCUGAGGAAUCCCUAAACACAACUCUGUCUCUCACAUCACCUUAUCUCUUCUUACAGCUUUUUCUCUCUCUCUUCUUGAAUUUGUUCCCUCUCCCUUGUCCCCUCCCAACAUCACCCCUUUUGGCUCCGAAUUUCUCGGGUUUUCUACCAUUUUCCUCUGUGUUUUCUCACAUCAAGUACUAUUGCUCUGACCCGCUCCUCUUCACUACUGUCCCUAUAUUUUCUAUUACGAAAUCCACUGUACUCACCAUCACAACCUCUAUUUUGAUUUGGAAACUACGAUAUCUCUGUGAAUUUUAUUUACAUACUAUUCUUUCCCUUUCUCUGGGUUUGGAUUUUGGCAACUGCUCUUAGUUAUUGUAACUGUAAGCUAUAUUGAGCGUGUAUUUUAGGUAGCCAAUUGAGGACAGUUGAGAUUUGGAUCACAUGGAGAGAGUGGGUAAAUUCGACAGUUGUAAUUGAAGUUCGGUAUUUGCAUAGCCAAUCGUUUGCUUGGGGGUUUCACGAGAUUUGAUUUUGUUGUGUUGGUGGGAUUGAUUUGGGGGUGUGGAUUAGAUUAGGGGAUUAUGUUAUGCCUUGGUUGCGGGUUUGCAAUCUAACAUAAGAGAAAAAGAAAGGGGGUGUUUUGUGAUAUUAUUCGGAAGAAUAGCAUGAAGAGAGGGAAGGAUGAUGAGAAGGUGAUGGGGCCAAUGUUCCCUAGACUCCAUGUGAAUGAUACGGAGAAGGGAGGCCCAAGAGCACCACCUAGGAAUAAGAUGGCCCUCUAUGAGCACUUUAGUAUUCCCUCUCAAAGGUUCAAUUCUGGUGUUCUGCCACUCAACCCAAAUACUUCUAGUAGUACAGCACCACCAGCAUCUUCAAGCCAGGGUACUGUCCCUGAGAGAAAUUAUGUCUUUCCUCUUCAUUUACCCCAACAAAAACCUAUUCGUCGAUCUGAAAAAUGUAUUUCUCGCCAAUUGGAAGGGGGGAAUUUGAAUGCUUCGUUGGUACAACUUGAACAGAGAAAGAAGGUAGAUGAAGAUGACUUUAGGGUUCCUGUAUUCAUUCAUUCGAGGAAUGGUCAAUCUAAUGAUAAAAGUGUUGAGAGUUUUGAUGGGAAAGAACUCCCUCCAACAGGCUCUAGGUUUUUUGGUUGUUCAGUAGCAGGGCAAAGUGAUUCUGAAAGGGAUCCAAAGCAAUUUAGCUCCUUGCAUGUCAACGUGAGAAAAGAUGUGAGGAGUGAAACUGAUGGUCUUCCACAAGCAAGUACAAGUAAGGAGCAACCAUUAAUACCCAUCAGAAACAUAUCAACUGGAGAAAAUAUUGACACCUCGGUAAGGCAAGCGAAGGUAACUCCAAAUCAAGAAUUUCAAGAUUGUCGUGUAUCAAAACUUAACAGAUUACGUCAAAAUGAUACUUGCUUACGGCGGGACAGUGGAGUGGGGAUCCAACCCAAUGACAUUGGAUAUGGUGGUUGUCUUGUUGAGUCUACUAGGGAGACAGAUAAGGGAAAUGCACCUACAGUGAACCAAACCAGUCCAGCUGAGGCAAUCAAUGACACUGAGCGUCAUGAUACCAGGAAUGACAGUCCAACAGGGAGGGUAAAUUUAAACAAAAGUGAUAGUGUUUCCAAGAUCUCCAGGGUAGAAAAUUUGUCAAUCAUGAAAAUUUCUCCAGAUGAUGUCGUUGGAAUAAUAGGUCAAAAACAUUUCUGGAAAGCUAGAAGAGCAAUUGCCAAUCAACAGAGAGUGUUUGCUGUUCAAGUUUUUGAGUUGCAUAGACUGAUAAAGGUCCAACAGCUGAUUGCUGGAUCACCAGAUAUUUUGCUUGAAGAUGGUGCUUUCCUGGGAAAGUCUCCCCCAAAGGGAGCUACUCCCAAAAAACUCACACUGGAAUAUGUUGUAAAACCUCAGCAACAAAAUAUUAAGCACAAAGAUGAUUCUGAAAAGCUAAAUCAUAAAAUGGAAUGUUCUGCAGAGAAUGCAGUUGGUAAAACAUCUCUUUCAUCAGUGAAAAAUGGUAGCCACCUUUCAAAUUACACCCGCUUUCCUGGAAAUGCACCCCAGGCAAAUGUUGGUGCUGCUGAUAGUGGAAUGGGUCCCUGGUGUUUCCAUCAGUCACCUGGGCAUCAGUGGUUAAUUCCCGUUAUGACUCCUUCUGAAGGGCUCGUCUACAAGCCAUAUCCUGGGCCCGGAUUCACAGGAACAGUUUGUGGAGGAUGUGGGCCUUUUGGGCCUACUCCUCUUGGUGGUACUUUUAUGAAUCCUGCGUAUGGAGUCCCAGCUUCUCAUCAAGGAAUUGGGGCUCCACCAGACACUCCUCCCGGCAGUCAUGCUUACUUCCCUCCAUAUGGCAUGCCAGCUAUGAAUGCAGCAAUGUCAGAAUCUGCUGUUGAACAGGUGAACCAGUUCUCUGCACUAGGUUCGCAGGGGCAAAAUGGUCAUUUACCUGGAGGGGAAGCCAAUCUUAAUACAAAUAAUCAAAGCUCAUGUAAUUUACCACUUCAGAGAAAUGGAGCAGUAUCACAUGUUAUGAAACAUAAGACAUCUAAGGAGUUUGAGUUACAGGGGAGUACAGCUAGCAGUCCCAGUGAAAUGGCGCAAGGUACCAACACAGGGCAAAGUGCUGAAGAAAGAGAUGUACUUCCCCUUUUCCCUAUGGUUCCAGCUGAACCAGAGUCUGCUCCCCAGUCUCUUGAAACCGGACAGCAAACUCGGGUAAUCAAAGUUGUACCACAUAACCGAAGAUCUGCUACUGCAUCAGCAGCUAGAAUUUUUCAAUCAAUUCAAGAAGAGAGAAAACAGUAUGACUCAAUCUAAUGAUGUUUGUUGACAAGGAUCGUUCCAGUAGGUAACUGCUAGUUCCUUACUUCCUGGGAGUAUGGCUUCAUGUAACUGCCUGUUGUAUUUUAUACUUUUUGGUUUUGGUUUUGACCUUGUUACAGCACAUUGGUAUGUAGCUACAUAUGGCAUAUCAAAACUGGUCGAAAUGUAAUGUUAAUUGUAUGUUGUCUUCACAAUUACUUGUUUCUUAUUGAUUUAUGACAGAGUGGGUGCUCUGCUCCCUCUGUGCUCGGGAGGAGGUUUUUGACCACUAUGUAUAAUGUAUUGUAUUACUUGCUGGAAGACAACACUAGUGAUUGUAAUACAUGUUAGAUGUUAUUCUAAUUGAUAAUUUGUUGUAAUUGAUCAGCCACCGGAUAUAUCACUCCUCUCAACUUGCAUAUGAUAAAUAUUUUAACAUUUUCU